AUGUCUCCGUUUUAUUCCAUAAUUUCCUCUAAUUUCCUUCAUGACUCCUUGCAUCCUCUGACCCAGUGUCGUUUGGUUUCUGCUUUUUCCCUACCCUUCCAGCUGAUGAUUGAUCUGCAUACCCUCGCCUCUCACCAACGAGCACUCCUGCUAGAGUUGACUGCUCUGCUACCUCGUCGCCUGCUCCGACAACUUCUCGACUGCCUCGUCCGGACUCCAGUCAAACAGGGCUCUUCUCUCUUCAACCCUUGCGUGUCUCCAGAUUUGCGGGCUUCGCCAAGCGCCGGGGUUCCUGUCGCCGAUUCCGGCCUCGGUCAGGUCUUGCGGGGCCCUGAUCUCGGCCACAAAGCUCACAACCACCGCCAAUCGAGCGGCUUUCAGGCGAACCAAGAACCAAAUCUGGUUGGGCUCGACGAGCCGCUUUUCGGACUCGACUGGGCGGGUCGUGUUCACUCGAGCAUUUCAGUCUGCGCACUCCACGUACAAGUGGGCCUUCUCGGAGUGGCCGGUCUCUCUGGCGCUGGCGAGGGCAGGCAGGCCUGUGAGAAGCUCGUUGAGCAGACCGGUGAGUCGUGA